AUGAAUCUCGUACAUAUAACAAUACAUUUCGGAAUAGUAUUACAACUAUGUUGGGCACAGGAUUAUGGUACUCAAACAUACAACACAGACCCAGCGAACCCUACAAAUGACUAUCUUAACACCAAUGACCCAAGAUAUGAUAACCCAUAUGAUCCAAGUAGACGGAAUCAGAACCGAAAUCCCUAUGAUAAUCCAUACUCUGAUAAAAGAUACAAUCAGUACGAUAGGAAUGACUUGAAUCCAUAUAACCCAGAGAACACUCCACGGCCAGUUUGGGAGUCCAGUCGGACUUAUAGCACUUCUUAUAAGGGGGCAGAGCUGGAGCAUGAGAGUGUUAUAAUUAAUGAAGCAACAUACUUCAUAGUAGCAUCGCGUAUGGUCCGUCCAGGUCAGAUAUAUAAGAUAUCUGCAAAUAUAUUGCGAGCUAGACUACAGAUGACUAUCCGUGCAUCCAUUUCUUGCAAUGGUGUCGAAAUUGCCCAUGUCAGUGAACGUGUCAAGGAAGGUGUACUUGAGAUUCUGAAUUUAAGGGUACCACCAACAUCAGUGCCCGGAGACUAUAAGCUGCGAGUAGAAGGCUUGUAUCUCGACGACCCCUUUGGCGGCAAUGCAUUCGUCAACGAGACGCAGCUGGAUUUCUCUCAGCGUUUCAUGACGAUCUUCAUUCAGAUGGACAAGCCAGUAUAUAUGCAGGGACAAAUCGUGCGUUUCCGCGUGAUUCCCAUUAACACGGAGCUUAAAGCUUUCGGCCGAUCUAUUGACGUCUACAUUUUGGACCCGAAUCGGCGCAUCAUGAAGCGUUGGCUCUCCAGACAGAGUAACUUCGGAACAGUAAGCCUGCAGUACCAGAUGUCAUCACAGCCCCAAUUCGGUGAAUGGUACGUCCGAGUUGAAGCUCUCGGGCAAGUUGAAGAAUCUCGUUUCCUCGUUGAAGAAUACUAUCAGACUAGGUUUGAGGUAAAUGUAACGAUGCCUGCGUUCUUCUUCAACACGGAGCCAUACAUCCAUGGCCGGAUAAUGGCCAAUUAUACAUCUGGAGCACCUGUCCACGGCAAUCUUACUCUGAAGGCCACAUUGCGUCCCAUACCCCAAUACCGUCCCAGAGACUUACGGCGGCAACUGGAACUAGAUCCUUAUUCCAGAGCCCGGCCAAACUACAACCCAUACUUGUACAACGAGACUGGAUACCAACCAUUCGAAUAUGGACAAGAGGAGUACAACCAAAGGAACAUCCACUAUAGACCGGGACAACCGAACCAGUUGGACCACCCCGACUGGUGGUACGACCCACAGAAGGUUGUCACCAGGCUGUUUAACUUUGACGAAAAAUACCCCUUCUGGAUGCCAAAGCCGGACCCGAUCGAGUUCGCGAAUAACGGUGGAAACGUCAACUACAACGCCUACACCACCCCGUCUACCUACAACUAUUACACCAGAUAUGAUCAGCUGCCGUAUUUAAGAUUUUUUAAUGGCACCUACGACUUCAAAUACCCUAUGUCGGAGCUGGCACAACUGGUGCCGACACUCGAUGGCAUGGAAGUGAUAAUUACAGCAUCCGUGGGAGACCCUUUCUUGAAUGAGAUUAACGAAGGUUACAGCAUCGCCAGGAUUUUUAACUCUUCGCUAUCUGUUACCUUUUUGGGUGGAGAGUUGCAAGUGUUCAAGCCCAGUAUGCCGUUUGAUAUUUAUAUGGUAGUAUCCUACCACGAUGGAUCCAAGUUACCAGAAUGGCAAGCAGCAGGCAUAUCUCUGAUCGUCACUGCUCAGCUAGAGGGCCGUGGCGGAGCCCUGGAGCCCUUGAGGCCUACUCUGGUACCUGGACAAAAUGCAGUUUGGCACCUCAAAAUGGAUCUGUAUAAAUUGUUACGACUAGAAAACGACCCUAACUAUAGGGAGACACUCAGCGGUAUAACCGGGCUUCGCCUGAACGCACAACUGUCGGACGCAAUGGGAGCACGCGCAGCCGCCGACGUCCAUUUGGUGGCGCAUCACUCGCCUAAUCAACAUCACAUCAAAGUGUCCACAAGUACUACUAAUGCUAGGGUGGGCGAAUACAUAAUUUUCCACGUCGAAAGUAAUUUCUAUAUGGAGACAUUCAGUUACGUGGUCAUGUCCAAGGGGAUCAUAUUAACGAGCGGGCAGGAGAACAUGCAGGAAGGGGUGCGCACAUUUGCUGUAGUUUUGUCUGCUGAGAUGGCGCCAGUAGCUACUAUAGUGGUGUGGGCCGCUCAGAGACGCGCUGUUGUGUUGGCGGAUUCUCUAACUUUCCCUGUCAAUGGAAUAUCUCGAAAUAAUUUCACGGUAUCAAUAAACAAUCGAAAACACCGUACCGGGGAAAGGGUGGAGGUAGCGAUAUAUGGAGAGCCUGGCGCGUAUGUUGGACUGUCUGGUAUUGAUAACGUCUUCUACACUAUGCAAGCAGGGAAUGAGCUCACAUACGCUAAGGUUAUAUCUAAAAUGUCUCAAUUCGACGAGUCGACCAACGGCACUUUUGCGUACACGUGGCGUUCGCACUUUGGUGACGCAGAUGAACUGGUCUACUUCCCUUCCACUAGCUUCGGGAUCGACGCUAAUAGGACACUGGAAUAUGCGGGUCUUGUAGUAUUCAGUGACGUCACAGUUCCGCGGCGUUACAGCAAUUGUAACGCGUCACUCGGAUUGGCUGAAUGUUUGGACGGAGCAUGCUAUCAAGCUGAGAAGCGCUGUGACGGCGUUGUGGACUGCUCAGAUCGGACGGAUGAAUCGCAUUGCCCGCACGACAAUUCGUUCGAGCUGAGCCACUUCCGCAAGUUCCGCUUCAACCGCGUGCAGAGGCAGUACGACAACGUGUGGAUGUGGCGGGACGUGAACAUCGGCCCGCACGGCCGCUACGUGUUCACCGUGGACGUGCCUCAAGUGCCCGCGCACUGGACGGUGUCUGCGUUCAGUAUGUCGCCGUCGCUCGGCCUCGGAAUGUCCAUUUCACCUUGCCGUUAUGGUGGUAUUCUACCGUUCUUCAUAAAAGUGGAAGGCCCGGAUGAAUCUCGUCAGGGCGAGCAGCUGGGUCUUCGAGUGGUCGUCUUUAACUACCAGCAACAGGACAUUGAGGCUGUGGUCGUCCUCGCCUCCUCGCCGGACUAUAUGUUCGUUCAUGUUGAGGAAAAUGGUAUUGUCCGUUCAUACAACCCACGCACGUCGUUCGGUGAGCACCAAUUCUUCGUGUACAUUGUGGCCGGUGAUGCGGCAACAGUUCACAUACCAAUUGUGCCAGCGCGCCUGGGUACUAUACACGUCAACAUACACGCGGCCACACUGCACGGGAUACAUCGUGCGACUAAAACUAUAAAAGUUGAAGCGGACGGUCUACCUCAAUACCGUCACCAGUCUAUACUCCUCGACUUGUCGAACCGUGCGUACGUGUUCCAAUACAUGCACGUGAACGUAACGGAAACGCCCAUUAUUCCGUACGAGGUCGACCGUUACUACGUGUUCGGGUCCAACAAAGCCACUAUAUCGAUAGUGGGCGAUGUUGUGGGACCACUUUUCCCCACCAUGCCGGUUAAUGCCUCCAGUUUAUUGGAUAUGCCUAUGGAAUCAGGCGAACAGAACAUGUUCAGUUUCGCGGCGAACAUGUACCUGACAUUAUACAUGCGUCUGAUCAACCAGAGGAACAGGACACUCGAAAAGGACGCCUUCUACCACAUGAACGUGUUGUAUCAGAGGCAGCUCUCGUACAUGAAGCAGGACGGGUCUUUCUCACUGUUCCGGAGUGACUGGAACCAAUCAGCGUCAAGCGUGUGGCUGACGUCGUUCUGCGCAAAGAUAUUCCAAGAUGCGUCCUUUAACGAAUGGGAGAACUUUAUUUACAUCGAUCCUAAUGUGAUAUCAAUGGCAGUGUCGUGGGUCCUCGAGCACCAGACACCCGAAGGCGCUUUCUACGAAGUGACGUGGUCGCCAGACAGAAAUGCCAACAACACGAUCACUGUGCCCAUGGACAGUCAGCUCUAUCGCGAAGCGGGGUCGCAUCUUAAAGGGGAAACGGUCAACAACUCCAUAGUGCUACAGCGGAAUAUAACGCUAACAGCGCAGGUCGUUAUAACGCUGGAGUCGGUCAAAAACCUUAAGGAUAUCGGCGUUAGUGAGGGGCUUAGUGCUCGGGUGGCCACUGCGCAGCAACAGGGCGUGACGUGGUUAGAGCAAAACCUAAGACUACUGAGCGAGUGGGCGGAGCCAUAUGCGCUCGCGAUCACUGCGUACGCGCUCGCAUGUGCCAAAGCCCCGAGCGCGGAACACGCGUAUCGCUUGCUUAAGAGAAGACAGCGAUCUGAAGGUGGUCUUGUAUAUUGGGGAAAAGACCCAGUUCCACAACCCCCAUAUAAAAUGGAGAAUCAAAAACCAUUCUUACUACCUCGCUUACCUUACAAAUACGACUCGAACAAUAUAGCUACCACUGCGUACGCGCUUAUGGCUUGUAUGGAUCAUCAGGACAACAACGAGCAAAUCGUUAUGUGGCUUAACUCGCAGAGAUUAAAAGAUGGCGGUUGGGCAUCCACACAGGACACGUACAUAGCUCUCCGCGCGCUCAUUGAGUACACGAACCGAAAACGACUUCGUGACGUCAGCGCGCUGACGUUGACCGUGGACGCGGUCGCCCUUAACGGGACCACGAGGACGCUGCACGUCGACAAUAACAACUUAGCAGUGAUGCAAAGUAUCGACAUACCAGAAGCAUGGGGUACUGUAAAGGUGACCGCUCGAGGUGCCGGUUACGCUAUACUACAAAUGUCCGUCCAGUACAAUGUGGACGUAGAGAGAUUCCAGACAGCGCCGCCAAUGCGCGCCUUUUCACUGCUUGCGCACGCGCAUUACUACGGAAGGAAUCAGUCGCACAUUGACUAUCAAACGUGUGCCAGCUGGACACUACUCAACGAAUCGCCUCGUUCCGGUAUGUCUGUGCUCGAGGUUCGAAUCCCGACGGGGUACAUGAUCCAACAGCAGAGGUUAGACGCAUACGUCUUGUCGAGAAAAGUUAGGACAUUGCAACGAGCAAAAUAUACACCGACUAAGUUACUGUUCUUCUUCGAUUAUUUGGACCACGAAACGACCUGCGUAAACUUCACAAUUGAACGAUGGUAUCCUGUCGCCAAUAUGUCGCGGUAUCUUCCGAUCAAAGUCUACGAUUACUACGCGCCAGAACGCUUCAACGAGACGAUAUUCGACGCCCUGCCGACGUACCUCCUCAAUAUUUGCGAAGUGUGCGGAUCUUCGCAGUGCCCCUACUGCGCGGUGUAUAACGCAGCGCUGCGAAUCGCUCUUACUCCUGCGCUGGUAUUCCUCAUGGUAUUUGUUAGGUUCAUCACCCAUAAAGCUUUUACGUAG